AUGUCUGAAAGGCGUCUACCAAGUUACGGGCAAUAUCACAACAAACUCCUCGAUAGUGCUUUCAACGGCUGGACCCAAAACCUACAGCUACUUUUGGAAACCAUCUCUCGCGGAAAUUCACUGCAUGAUCCAGUAACCAUGAAUUCCUUGAAUUCUUCGGGCCAUAACCAGACUGGACUUAUAGUCCAAGUAAACUCUUCUUAUCCGAUAAAACUUUCUCUCAAGAUAUUCUUUUCCAUAUUUGUAUUCCUUCUCGACAUAAAUUCUCCAGUGCUAUAUCCCGCUGUCAACGCUUGCUCUCUCUUUCUUUAUAUAUACAUGGAGUUCACAAACCCAGCAUACAGCAUGACACGCCCCGCGAUUUCAGACAACGAGCAAUACUCGACCAAAUUUCUCCGACACAUCCUUUUCACAAUCGACUCGUCGUUGAAGCUUAUCGAUUCACAGACUACCGAACAGAAAGUAUUGUCUGGCAUGAUGGUUCUUUAUAAUGGUGUCAAUGUAUACUGGUAUGGUUGGAGGAAGGAGUACAACUUUGAGAAUGAACCAGUGGAAGUGCGAGGGGUAAGGAAGACUUGGAUGAAUGUGGAGGAUCAAGAGAUGGAGAUGAAGAUGGAAGCUCUGGUACCAGGGAGGUACAACAUGGGGAUGAAUGCAAACUUGGAAGUCUGA